GAUAUUCUUUAGGGUUACAGUUUUGCAAAAGACCACCAGAUGGACCUCUACUGUGUACAAACUGUGGGUAUCCAGUGAUGCUGAUUUCACGGCCACAUGCAGACUGAAUAGCAGGGAGCCUGUAUGCAAAUAAGACUGGGCAGCUGUUGAAAAGGGUUCCCCGCUGAAUUGGUACUUACCCCGUUGGGGCCUAUACUUGACUGACACCCACCGCACCACAGUUGAGCAACUUUCUCUGUCGGGCUUUACUCAGACUUUUAAGUGGCCCGUUCGCACUGCCCCUUUAACUUCUGAGCCGAUUUCCAGACGGCAACAACCUGUAACUGGCUCAGCGAUCCUCCCUCUGAUGGAUUAUUUAUCAGGCACCGAGUCCCAUGUCGCCCUCGGCUCCUGGAAGAAAAACACUGCGGGAUAUUCUCAGGGGCACGUGAUGCACGUUAGUUACCCGACGGAAAACGGACCCGACAAACUAAUGAAAUAAAACAUUGGGGACUGGAACUCAAAAAUCGCAACUCGUGCAACAGGUGUUCUGCAUCCUGCGGGCGUCAGACAGAUAAGAGGCGGACUACCGGCCCACGUCGUCGAGCAAAACACAGAAAGCAGGUUAGAUUAUUGCUCAGAUAGAAAAUAGUGGACGUAGUUUUAUUUCGACAUGUAAAACUUGUCUCUCUCUAAAAAAAUGUGCAGCUUAUGAACGGAAGCGGAUCCUGCUUUGACCGUUUGGCUCUGGAAAGAUGGGGAGCGACAAUUGAGCGUUCCAACAAAAUCAACCGACUGAAAAUAUCUGAAACUCUGGAAGUACAAUGCUGAGCCCAUCCACACGGUGAACUGAUCGGGCUCAACCCAGACAAGCGAAGGAAGGAGCCGUCCGAUCUGCAGCGGUCAUGGUGGUAGAGGGGGACAGGACGCUGCUCGCCGCAAGGCAAGGGGACGUGCAGAGUCUGAAAAUGCAAUUAGCGGCAAAAACGCUCACCAGCGACGUCAAGGACGUGCUGGGGGCUUCGCCUGUCCACCACGCAGCCCGGGCCGGAAAACUGGCGUGCCUGCGCUUCCUGGUGGAGGAGGCAGGGCUGCCGGGCAACUGCCUGGCGAACAACGGGGCGAGCCCGGCGCACGACGCAGCAGCCACCGGCAACCUGGCCUGCUUACAGUGGCUGCUGACCCAAGGUGGAUGUCGGCCAGAGGACAGGGACAGUUCCGGUGCCACCGUUCUCCAUCUUGCAUGCCGCUUCAGUCACCAUGAGAUCACUGAUUGGCUUCUUAAGAGUGGCGAAGUGGACCCUGGGGCCUCCACUGAUACAGGAGCCCUACCUGUUCACUAUGCUGCUGCCAAGGGAGACCUGCCAUCUCUCCGACUGUUGCUGGGGCACAGCCCAAGCGUUGUCAACUCCCAAACUAAGAAUGGUGCCACACCGCUCUAUCUGGCCUGCCAGGAAGGUCAUCUUGAGACUGUGCAAUACCUGGUCAAGGAUUGUGGAGCGAAUCCGAGCAUCAGAGCCAAUGACGGCAUGACACCACUGCAUGCUGCUGCACAGAUGGGCCACAACACCGUCAUCGUGUGGCUGAUGAGUUUCACAGAGAUCAGCCUGACAGACAAGGAUGGUGACGGGGCCACAGCCAUGCACUUUGCAGCCAGUCGUGGGCAUGCAAAGGUGCUCAGCUGGCUGCUGCUGCACGGCGGAGAGAUCGUCACUGACAGCUGGGGAGGGUCCCCGCUUCACGAUGCAGCAGAGAAUGGUGAACUGGAGUGCUGUCAGAUCCUUGUUGUCAAUGGUGUGGACCUGGGCAUCAGGGACCAGGACGGCUUCACGGGAGCAGACCUGGCUGAAUACAACAGCCACUCCCAGUGUGCCAAGUAUCUGCGCACUGUGGAGAACAUGAGUGUUGAGCACCGUGUUUUGUCCCGGGACCCCUCAACGGACCUAGAGUACAAGCAGCCAGACUCGGGCCUCUCGUCCCCGAACACCACCAUGCCCCCUGCCAGCCAGGUGGCACACUUUGACAUCAGUUCACCAUCCAGCUCCAUGUCCAACUACGACUCAGCCAACUCCAGCCAGUCCAGCACUGGGGAGAAGAGGAGCAGCUUAACAAUGUCUCGCGGCACAUCUGCUCAGCUGAACACAGUUGUGCACACAGGUGCAUCCGAGUCUGCCAUUUCAGACAUGCAGGCAUACAUGGACAUGCUAAACCCAGACAUCGGCUCGGACAUUCCCAAGAAGAAUGACAUGCCAGCUGAUGCCACCUCCAAGCCCCCGCCACCACCAACCUUUCCACCCCCACCUCCCCCACAGGCUCCUCCAGUGCCCCCUCCGCCCCCAAGCUACCCGGCACCACAGCCCCCUCAGGAGCCGUCAUCAGCUGAGUUCCUGAAUGUGAAAAGCAACUUGCGGCACGUGGAGAGCAACACUGGCAAGAAAGAGGAGCUCACUACUGGAGAAAACCAGGAGAAAUUGCGGCGUGUGGAUUCGAACAGGAAGUCAAGGAGCUUCAGCAAGCAGCCCAGCACUGGGGACUACUAUAAAACCCUGGGCAGCGACACGGCCGAUCCCCGUGGGAGUAAAGGCAUGGCACCCAAUGAGGAGGGCUGCGUGUUAUUGGAGGAGCCUUCCGACAGCCCUGACCACAGCUCUGAGAAUGGGACCACAGAGGAAUCAAUCCCGCCCCCACCUCCACCACCACCACCCCCUCUUCCCCCAAGCAACCCAAAGCCAACACCCCCUCCACCUCCUCCAUUGCCCCCUGAGACGCCAACCACCCAGAAUAAUGCCAGUACCACCUCCAUCAACCAGCGACGCCUAUCUUCCUCAUCAGGAAGUGGGGAUAUCUCUGCCUCUCAAGCAGAGGGAGGGGCACUAAGACAGAUGAAGAGCACAAAAUCUUUCAACAUGAUGUCCCCCACUGGCGACAACUCUGAACUGCUGGCAGAGAUCAAAGCAGGAAAGAGCCUCAAGCCCACACCUCACAGUAAAGGCUACACCACUGUCUUUUCCAACAGUGGACCCACGGGCAACAAUGGAAACACCACAUCUCCACCAGAGACCCGCACAUCUAGCCCACCAGCCAAGCCAUCAUCCCCUCCACCAUCCAAUACGUCUGUCACCUCCCCACCAGCCACCCCAAGUCCCAGCCCCAGUCCCACUGGCUCUGGAUCUGCCAGGACCAUGUCGCCCUCUGCGAGCUACGAGCAACUGCCCUCCAACUCUGUAAUCAAUGGGAACAGUAGUGGUGGCACGGCGGGAGCAGAGUCGGGACGGAAGACUAGCCUCGCAGAUGUGGAGGCGCUAGUGCCCACUCAUGAUGAACAAGGAAAAGCAAUACCUGAAUGGAAGAGACAGGUGAUGGUGCGAAAGCUUCAGGUCAAGAUACAAGAGGAGGAGGAGCACAAGCGCAAGGCAGAGGAGGAGGCAGCACGCCUGGCAUCGAUGCCAGCCUGGAGGAGAGACAUGAUGAAGAAGAAAUUGGAUGAAGAGAGAUGUGACAGGGAACAGAAAAGAAAAGCAGAGGAGGAGGCCAAACAGGUCAAGGAGAUGGAGGAGAAGACAGAGCUGGAGCGACUGCGGACCCUGGGCUACGAUGAGACCAAACUGGCCCCCUGGCAGCGGCAGAUCAUCCUGAAGAAAGGGGAUACAGCCAAAGAGUGAACUGGGCCAUCUCCCCCUCCUCUGCCCUGCAGCACCCCCCCCUCGCACACUCACCCCAAGGCCUGCACUGAACGCCGCCCCUUCCCGGAUCCUCCACACUGUACACUGGACAGUGGGGUAGAGCUUGUCUCCUCCAAACCCCGUCUCACUCUUCAGCCUCCAGAAACACAGGACCAUGCUGUGGCUGCUGCUGUCCACAGGGGCUCUGAGGCUCAGCUUGGGUGAAACACAGCAGCGUGACCCUCCACUUCCCACUGAAUGUCUCAUGGACACAAACUCUUGGCACUGAUUCUCCUGCUUAAGACGUGCUAUAAAUGCAUCUGUCCUGAGCUAAACUAAGAUUAUCGGUAGUAUGUUUCCAUUGGUUUUCCUGCAAAUCAAUAGAGGCUAUUUUGCAUACAGUAGAGGAUUUAAGAGGCUUGUGAUAGAUUGAGAAGGGCUACUUGUGAGCAUUUUUGCCAUGGGGAAAAAGCCUCUUAUUGCAUUCAUAUUUUCCUUUUAUUAGCCCCACUCACCAUUACGUAAUGAAUGGAAAAGUAGCUCCAUAACAGUUUUGUCUUCUAAACAUGGCAUGGAUAUAGUCAGCAAAGGCUUAUUACAACCCGAAGCAGCUAAUGCAUAAUGUAUGUAGAGAGUAUCAUAUCUUUAUCAUGUUAUAUUACUUAGUCAUGAGAUUUUUGUAUCCAACUCAUAGAAGCAGUUUCUAAAUUGCUUCGUUUUACUGCCAGAGUUGUAAUGCUAACACUGCUCAAACUACUGUAAUCUGUUUCUAUAGAUAAGCUUGUUGUCACUUCUUUGUGGAUUUGGAAUAUUGAUAUGUAUCCUAUUUUAAAUAAUGUAAAGAUUAUGUAGCUGUGCAAACUGAAUUUUAUUAUUUGUCUCUGGAAAAAAAAGCUGCAAUGUUCCAAUUUCAUUUUUCUAUAUGUGACCUAAAUGUUAAGCUAUUGCGAUCAUGAAUGUGAAAUGCUGUGUGCAUGCGUUGCAUAAUGUGUAUCAGCAUGUUGUGAUAUUUUAUUAAGCACAUCUGUCCCCAGGGCCUUGGAUUUUCAGAGAAAGACACAAUGUGAGUACAAUCAUGCUAGUUUCUAUUUGAACAUGGCCUUUUUAAAAAAAAAAAAAAAACAACACAAAACAAAACUAAAACAUGCACAUGUGAAGAGCAGCAUUCUUCACCAGACGACUCCCUCUGUGCUGUUCCGGCCUUUGUCCCAUUAACCUGUAGGAUGAAUCUUUGAUGAGCAGAUCUGCUUACGGAGUGCUGUCUGUCUGCCAGACACAGCCAUAACAUCAUCGGUAAAUGACAAAUGUACUGUAUAAUUAACUCAUUAACAACCUUUCACAUGACAGAACUGACACAAAUGCCAAGUUGAUUAUUAUACAGCUAAUUUUAUUCAUAAUGUCUCUGGUCUAAAAAGCUCCUUCCAGUUCCAGGUGUUCAAGAAUUCCCAGGAUUCUCACAUAUUUGGCCAUUGGUUCAUCAAUUCGGGGUUAAAUAUGGAAAUGUGGAUAAUCUGAGUCAAAUAUUUUUGACAGAACUGAGGAGACAUGCGGAUUUUAAAUGUUAGCAAAGCGUGAAGCUGUGCACUGACAUUUAAGAGUUACUGAAACUCACAAUCAUGCCAGAUGUCUCUUUCUGAUUAUGACACACUGGUAUUCCCACACAAUGGAAAAUACUCUAUGUUUACUACAAUUAUGUUGGAUCUACAUUUCAUGAAAGACAUGAUUCUGGGUGGGGAAUCAUUUGGAAAUAAUCGAAUUCACUUUAAACGGAUGCCAUAUGAUGUUGAAAUUGAAAAUGAUUUAAACGUCAUUGCCAUUUGAUUUUCUCUCUCUCUCUCUCUCUCUAUAUAUAUAUAUCUACAUAUGUAUGUAAACCCUGUAUAUAGUGACCCUCAGAAUUUUGUCAUGUCAUUGAUCCCAUACUGCAUUAUAUUACAUGUCUCAGCCUUGCUUGAAUAGAACGUUGGCUAAUACAUGUAUAAUUACAU